UGCUUCCACUUGCGCAGCGUCGUCGGAGGCUACAUGUUUACAAUCUUGGACUGCAGCCCUGUGGUGUCCGUAAACCGUCGGCCUUUUGCGUUGAUAUUGUCCCAGAGGCGAAUAUGACGACAUCAUUUGGCAAACCAGACCCUGGGAAACACCUACUGUCAAUUCAGUUCGUUUGAAACCAAACACGACAUGAUGCGUUGUCCCCGGUGAAACUUGCUCCGCCACUCUCCCCUCUUCUGCGCACCUAUUGAGAGAGAGGACACCAAAAGCUGCAUAGACAUGGGUUCAGAUCAACCCUGCAUGGAUUCUCCAGAGCCAAGACCCAUAUUGGGUCCUGCCUGUAAGCAGCUGGGCCGUCGGUGUCUGAGGAAAAAGUUCAGGCCCACACGAAUCUUGGGGUUGGCCUUCAGUCUGGUGGCCUUAAGUGCUGUCUCCUACAGUGCCUUUGCCUGGAACUCAGGAGGUGUCAGCGAGCCAGUGCUCCACCAGGAGAGUCUCCAUCAGUCGGCCCCACACAGGACCCUACUUUUUACCCAACACCAGAGAGACCCCAACGUGUCAGCUGACAUGCCAAUAGCCAUGAAAUCUACAGCAGAUAGCAACGACAGCCAGGGGGAGUACCCACCAGACAUUUUUACCCUCUCCCAGAGGCGCCAAGGAGCAGUGGUCCUCCACAUGUUUGGCAUGAUCUACAUGUUCAUCGCGUUAGCCAUCGUGUGCGACGAGUUCUUUGUCCCGGCGCUGACAGUCAUCACAGAAAAGCUGACCAUUUCCGAUGACGUUGCGGGCGCCACCUUCAUGGCGGCGGGAGGAUCAGCUCCAGAACUCUUCACCUCCAUCAUUGGCGUUUUCAUCUCGCACAGCAACGUGGGCAUCGGGACCAUCGUGGGCUCGGCCGUCUUCAACAUCCUCUUUGUCAUUGGGAUGUGCGCCAUCUUCUCCAAGGAGAUCCUCAACUUGACGUGGUGGCCGCUCUUCCGUGACGUAUCCUUCUAUAUCCUGGAUCUGAUCUUGCUCAUCAUCUUCUUCCUGGAUAACAUCAUCUCCGUGUGGGAAAGUAUCACGCUGCUCACGGGCUACGCCGCCUAUGUGAUCUUCAUGAAGUUCAACAGCAAUGUCGAAGGAUUUGUCAAAGAUUGCAUGAACAAGAACCAAGUGGUAGAAGUAGAGGUACAACCCAAGGAUGAGAAGGCAAGUCCUGGGGCGCCAGAGGAUGACGGCAAGUUGUCGGCGCGGCCUCGCCUUCAAAGGGGAGGUAGUUCUGCCUCGCUGCACAACAGCUUGAUGCGGAACAGCAUUUUCCAGCUGAUGAUCCACACGUUGGACCCUUUAAGUGAAGAAUUUGCUGACUCUGAGCUUGGGACUUAUGGGAAACUAAAAUAUUAUCACUCAAUGACUGAGGAAGGUAAAUUUCGAGAGAAGGCGUCUAUUCUGCACAAGAUUGCUAAAAAGAAAUGCCAAGUGGAGGAUAGUGAAAAGGCCAAUGGAGUAGCGAGUCGUUCAGAUAAGAACCUUCCUAACAGCUCCAGUGUGGAAGUGGAGGUGACCCCACCUAUGAAUGGAACAGCAGGGCAAGAGGGGGAGACGGCUGAGGAUGAAGAAGAAGAGGACCAGCCUCUGAGCCUGUCCUGGCCUGAAUCUUGCCGCAAGCGCUUCACCUACCUCCUGAUCAUGCCUAUUGUCCUUCCCCUGUGGCUAACGCUGCCUGACGUCAGGAAAACGUCAUCAAAGAAGUUCUUCCCCAUUACAUUCCUGGGUGCCAUCUGCUGGAUUGCAGGAUUCUCUUACCUAAUGGUGUGGUGGGCCCAUCAGGUUGGAGAGACCAUUGGGAUUACAGAGGAGAUUAUGGGACUGACUAUAUUAGCAGCUGGAACCUCUAUCCCUGACCUCAUCACCAGUGUUAUUGUGGCACGCAAGGGGCUGGGUGAUAUGGCUGUAUCCAGCUCUGUAGGCUCCAACAUCUUUGACAUUACUGUUGGACUGCCGCUCCCCUGGCUCCUGUGGUCCCUAUUCAAAGGCUUGAGACCGGUGCAAGUCAGCUCCAACGGCCUCUUCUGUGCAAUCGUGCUCCUCUUCCUCAUGCUCCUCUUCGUCAUCAUCUCCAUCGCCGCCUGCAAGUGGCGCAUGAGCAAGCUGCUCGGCUUCAUCAUGUUCAUGUUGUACUUCGUCUUCCUGGUGGUCAGUGUCAUGCUAGAGAACAAGGUCAUUAGCUGCCCGGUGACUAUUUAAGGACCUUUCAGGGACCUACAUCCCCUCCGUCACCCUCACCACCAUAACCAUCCUAUUUGUCUGCUGUCUGUCUCACCCGACCCUUUGCGAUCCUUUACACCAGGAACAAAAGACAAAAAAGAAGAACUGUACAAGAGAUGAAUGAAAACUGUGGGAUCUCCCUUUAUUUUCAGUGAGCAGGUGGUGGUGGGGAGCGCUUAAACCAUUAAGGGACAAGACUACGGCUUGGCUGGUUAAACAUAGGCUUAAAAAGAGUGGAUUUUAAAUAUGUUGUUAUUUUCACUGGCAGGUGAGUAGGGUAGCGGGUUUGGGUGGGUGGGUUAUGGGUUUAUGCCAAAUAUAGAAGUAUUAUGCAUGCCAUUAGUUUUACUAGACGAGAAAUGAAAGUUGAGAAGAAUGACCUCCUGUGAAGUUCGGGGGAGAAACAAACAAACAUGAGAUGCACUGUUUAAAACUCUUAACAACAAAUAUGGCUGAGCUCAAAUUUGUGAUCACAUUUGAAAGCACAUACUGGUUGAACUGACUGAGACGUCGUGAGUGAAUCGUGAUGUGGACGAACUAAUGAAUGAGAGAAACGGGAGCAGCGUACGGAUGAAUGUGUUCUUCGAAACAUGUUGUUUAAUGGUCGAUGGGGACGACUCUCUUUUGAGCUUCGCGCCUGAGCAGCAAGGAGCGCGGCGAAGGACAGAUGAACUUCUAUUUUCUUAUUUCUUUCUUGCAAACUUGUCUGUGCUCAGAGUUGAAGCUUCUCCUCGCCCCCUGUCAGGAUGUCAUUUUUCACCACUGAAUGAGUCCUUUUUUCUUUUAAAUUAUUUUUUUUAAUUCAUUUUCACUAAAUAUUAGACGUAGCAUUAGAUAAACUGUAGCAUGACAAUCUGCUCCUUUUUUUUUCUUCACCCAUUGAGCAAACAUUAUGAUUGUAAAGAAAUUUCCAUUUCACGUGCACCGAUGGACAAAGGCAAGAACAAACAAAAGAAAAGCCUAAAUGAAAGUUAGCUACAUAUGCUAGCCUUCAAUAUCUUGUACUGGUUAGGGGGGCGAAAACAAAAGCAUGAAUACUUAGGCUCAUUAAAGAUCCAUAAACAAAGUCAAUGUCAAGAUAAUACAUUUGAAAAUAACUUUACUGUGUUAAAGCGUCAUGAUUGAUUUAGAUUAGUCAGUGUGUAGUGCUUUGUUCACAGUAGAACUGGGCUCAAAUCACCGGCUAGUUAAGCUCCUGGGGUAGAAGUUUCAAGGAGUCAACUGCAUGUAGGGAAAAAAAGGAAACAAAAACAAAAAAAAGCCACCGGGAGGUGAAUUAUACCAAUCAACAUUUAAGAAGUUGUAUACCGAAAUGUAUACUUUCCAGACAUGCUUCAUAACUUCUUAAUGCAAACGAGUGCUCAGUCUCUAUGUAGAAAAUGUCAACAUUGUACGGUCGACGAUAUCUAUCAAACUUGUGCAAUUUCUUUUCUAAUCAAAGGUGCUUUUGUGUGCAUGUGUGCAAUCUGCAUUUAAAGUCACGACACGAUGACAAUUCAUAGAGGUCAACUGCAAAAAAAUAUAUAUAAAUAUAUACCCCAAUCUGUGUUUUAUACUGGGAAAAUAAAUCAUAAUCACGAACUCUCUUUAAACAUAGAAUGUGGAAAUCAUCGACUCAACAGCAAUAUAGCGUGUGUCGUGUUGAAAGACACCCCUCCAUCAUGCGUCAGUGCCCUGCCCUCCCUCGCUGUCCUGUCCAGACAUAAAAAACAUACAAAAAAAAAAAAAAAGCCCCGCUUCAUAAAGUGGGCGACCAUUUCUCCUAAAACGAACCCCUUCCUGUUAGAGCUGGCCAGGAACACCUGCUUUACCUCAACACAGCCUCUGUACAGCAGCUUAGUAAGAGUUAACUGUAAAAUAGUAGUAAAUAGAUUCUCUGGAUGUGUGCGGGGAAAUGCAUGCGAGGUGUUUGGGCUGGUUACCCACUGACUGUACAGCGGAGCUUAGAAUAGACGUUCACUUUUAUGCACCCAUUCAGAGACGAACACUAGGAACUCAUUGGUUUUACUUUGUAAAUAACAAACGUGUUAGGUUUCUUUAAUAGGUAUUUAUUUCUUUGCAAUAGUGGAUGGAAAAAGCUGGCGGCCCUUUAUUAUCACAAUAUUACAGAAACAACAUAAGAAUUCAUUUUAAGGCUAAACAUCAGAUUAAAAAUGUGUCUCUUCAGUUCAGAAAACGAGGGCUUUAAAUACCACAUCGCCUCCUCUGAUUGAACAAAUGUAGACGUGAGCGAUGUUGCCAUUUAAAGUUACAGAUGCACAGGGCAAACAAAACUCUAAUGCCCGUCCAGACCGUGCUCACGAUAAACCGUUGUGCUUGGCGCGUUCUCACAUGUUAUAUUUCUAUGAGCAUUUCUAGCAUUUCAAUCAGUUGGUUUAUGGCCUCUGCGAUGACUCAUGUACUUUCUGAAUUUAUCCUGCGCACACUCGUCAUUAAAACCCUUUCCUCAGAGCUCCCACACACUCGGGUUAAUGUGAUCACACCUCAAGUUUCUUCAACCACCUUUUCUUUAAAAGAAUAGUUUGACAUUGUGGGAGAUUUAGCUUCUUGCGGAGAGUUAGAUGAGAAGACGGCCGGAGCAGGUAAAAAAAUUUAAAAAAUCCAACACUUUGCUAAUAAGUGUGAUUGCUGAAAGAUUUAUCUAUAGGCCUCACCCAUUUGUGUUAUUGAAAUGUGACUCUGUUCUACGAAUUCCACUGUGUAUUUGACUGUUUGGACAACCUUGGAUAGAGAUAUCAUGUCAUCAUAUCAUUUUUUUCUGGUAAUUAGGUAUCAAAGGUUUGUGGGUGUGAGCAAAUUAUCUCAAACUGCUACAACUCGUUGUCUAGGUUGACCUAAUUCAGCUCAGGCCGAAUAAGAAAAACAGAAGGCAAGACAAGAAAAUUACUUCAUCCUAAUUACUUUUAUUGCUUAUGAAUAGAAACAGAGUUUAGACUUUUUAAAAAGGUCAAACUAGCCUGAACCAUUAAAUAAAAUCCAGAAAAUUCUGUCUUUUUGAUGCUGGAGUGCUUAUUGAACCUUCUGAAAAUGAAGAAAAUAAUAAAUUAAAAUAUCAGUUUGCAUAUAUGUUUUUCAGAGGAAUAAAAUUCACACUGAUGAUGUAGAGGUCUCAAAAACUCAUAAAAGCUCACGUAUAAAUAUGAUACACCUGGCAUUACAGGGCUGGUUUAUAAGCAAUCAGCUUCUGCGUUUCAAGAGCUGCAGCAGCUUUCAGCGAAUCACGCUGCAGUUUGUCCAAGUGUUUCGUAACAUGUUUUCUCAUCUGUUUAAUCUCCACAAAAAUAUGUAAAAAAGCCUAAAAUUAAGGAAACUUAGUUACAUGUGGCUGUUUCUUCUUGUCUAACUACAAGCAACAAAGCAAACAAGCAAAUUUCCUAAAAUGUCUCAACUACCCUCAACGUGUUUACAGGUAAUCUGAGUUUGGUCGGUCGUGUGGUACAUGUGCAUACUCUGGUCAUUUCAUUUGUUCCAUUCCCCCGAAGCCCCUCCCAUCAAGUCAGCAAAUUUCCAAAUUUUAUAUGUCUUUUUCUUUUUUGACUGAGAGCAUGAAUGGGGAGAAGAACAAGAAAAAAUAAACCAAAAAAGAAAGAAGAAAAAAAAACAUAGAAGCGACUUAGCACAUGAGCUUGGAAGUGAUUGUGGUUUACCAGGGUAAGCGACCAUGAAAGUUGACCACUAAUGAACAUUCUUGCACUGUAAAUGUUUUAUUUUCUUGGUGUUAAUGUAAGAUUUAUUUAAGGUGUACAUAUAUACAGAUACAAAUUAACCAUAUAAACUAUAUGUGUAAAAGAAAUAUGUCUCUUUAUGUAAAAACACAAAGUAUAUAAUAAAAACAAAUAAAGAUGCUUCAAAUAUGCAA